CCCACGCCCAUCGCGCAUCGAUCGCAUCAACAAGCCAAUGGCAGCGUGGCAGUUGGCCUACGGUAGCCGUACUACAGCCAGUCGUCGGUGUCUGCAUCGCGGGGCUGCCACUGCUUUGUAUUGGCAUUUCUCUGCCGCUGCCCCUCCUUCUCCUCCUCCGCCGCCGGGCCCUCGUCGUCAUCUGUCUUCAGCGCGACAACUCUCCUCCUCCUCCUUCCUCCCUCCUCCAACUCCACGACCACCACGACCAUCAUCACACCCGAGCAUAACCUCCUCUCGACCGCACCACGCUCCCGCCCGACACGCCAGCACGAUACCCACAGACCGUCGUUCCGUCGCCGCAGCCAUGGUCGCCCAAGACUUCGAGGCCGUGCUCAAGGGCAAGUACCCGGCCAAGGCGCACGCCCGGCGCGUCGUCGACGUCCUCCGCCCCAAAGCGACCCCCCAGGUCGACAGCGGCGUCUUCUACCUGGAGAGCACGCGGACCAAGCUGCAGGAGGACAAUGACUCGGCCGAACACUUUCGGCAACGCCGCUUUUUCUACUACCUCACCGGCUGCAACAUGGCCGACUGCGCCGUCGCGUACCACGUCGCCGCCGACAAGCUCAUCCUCUUCAUCCCCCCCAUCGACCCCGACGACGUCAUCUGGUCGGGCCUGCCCGUGAGCAUCGACGACGCCCUCGCCCGGUACGACGUCGACGAGGUGCGCUACACCAGCGACGUCAACGCCACCCUCACCCAGCUGGCCUCGCGCGCCGGCGACGCGGCCACCGUCUUCGCCCUCGCCGGCCAGGUGUCCGACAACGUCACCUUUCUCGAGUUUGCGCACAAGGACUUUGCCGCGCUCAAGCCGGCCAUGGAGACGGCGCGCGUCGUCAAGGACGAGUUCGAGGUGGCCAUGAUCCGCAAGGCCAACCACAUCUCCAGCCUCGCCCACAAGGCCGUCAUCCAGCGCGCCCGCUCCGCCCGCUACGAGCGCGAGCUCGAGGCCGCCUUCCUCGAGCGCUGCGUUGCCCACGGCGCAAAGGAGAUGGCCUACCACCCCAUCCUCGCCGGCGGCAAGGCGGCCGCCACCCUGCACUACGUCGACAACAACGCCCCGCUCGACGGCAAGCAGAAUGUGCUGAUUGACGCGGGUGCCGAGUGGGACAAUUAUGCCUCGGACAUUACGCGCACGUUCCCCCUCUCGGGCAAGUUCACCAAGGAGUCGCGCGACAUCUACGACAUCGUCUACAAGAUGCAGCACGACUGCACCGCCAUGAUCAAGGCCGGCGCCCUCUGGGACGACAUCCACCUGCACGCCCACAAGAUCGCCAUCGCCGGCCUGCUGGCGCUGGGCAUCCUGCGCGGCGACGCCAACGACAUCCUGGCCGCCCGCACCAGCGCCGCCUUCUUCCCCCACGGCCUGGGCCACUACCUCGGCCUCGACACCCACGACGUUGGCGGCAACCCCAACCGCGCCGACAAGGACGCCCUGUUCCGCUACCUGCGCCUGCGCGGCGUCAUCCCCGCCGGCAGCGUCGUCACCGUCGAGCCGGGCGUCUACUUUUGCGAGUUCAUCAUCCGCCCCUACCUCGACGAUCCCGUGCACAGCAAGUUCAUUGACGCCGCCGUGCUGGACCGCUACUGGGACGUGGGCGGUGUCCGCAUCGAGGACAACAUCCUCGUCACCGAGACGGGCUAUGAGAACCUGACGACGGCCAUCAAGGAGGCCGCCGAGAUUGAGGCCACCGUUGCCUCGGGUUGAGGCAGCGUCACGUAAAUAAUUGUACAAAACAAAAACAAGAGCACAAUCCCA